CUUAAUUCUACAGCCUCUUCUACAUUCAUUUGGGCCUUUCAUAAUGAAUUUCCACAUGAACAAGCUUCAUUGUUCCAAAUCUGAUCUGCACAAUAUGUUGUGCACUGCUCAUGCUACAAUGAAGGGUAUGCACGCUGAUACAGUUCUUUUGGCCUCUUCCAAGUCAAAGAAGAAGAAAAAGAACAAGAAGGUUUCUAAAGAGAAACCAACUGGGGGAGUGACCAAAACAAAAGGGAAGGUUGCAAGUAAAGGAAAGUGUUUUCAUUGCAACAAAGAAGGGCCUUGGAAAAGAAAUUGCACAGAGUGCCUAAAGUCUUUGAAGGUCAAGGACAAUGACAAAACUUCAGAAGGAUCUGAGAAGAAGUAGAGAGGCGACUAAAGAUAAGAUUGUUCUAAGGAUGGGAAAUGGAGCAAGAGU